AUGUUGAGAAUGAGAGUUCCAGUGUUCCGGUACGAAAGUCGAAUGGGAUUCGGAAUGAACCAUGGCUGUGCACAAAUGAUCGUAAGAGUGGAGGCGACUCCACAGUGGAAACGAGAGUCCCAAUAUUAUGAUGCGAAAGUUGAAGGAAUGAACCUGUCAGAGCAAUCAUGA